AGAUACUAAGGCUUUCAUCUCAGAACAAAUUUGGACUUGGAAGCCAGCGCAUUUGUAAUAAUAACAUCAUGCCAACAUAUUGUAAGUCCCGGUGUUCUCAACAUGUCACUUAGUGCAGCCACUGGGCAUAAUUGAAUUGCUAGGUCUGUGAGUGUGAGCCCACACUUGCCAUACCCCUACUAUAUUAUGUUAAUCAGAUUGAGGCAAACACAGGCACUUGAAAACCCAGUGCUGGCCUGCUACACAUGUCACCCCGCAAAGCCUACACACACGCAUAUUCACAGUCUAGUCACACACUGAUCGCACAGUAGCACUCUCCUAUUUGCAGUUCCUUCAAAGAAAGGAAUCCUUUUUUAAAGGAUUUCCUUUUUGUUCAAACCUUAAGAGCUUUAGCAUCCAACCUUGGAUUUGUAGUAGCCAGCAUCCCCCCUCCAACACACCCUCCUUAUACGUACUCCAAGAUGGCUGAUGACACGGUAUUCCUACCAAACGAUAACCAAGCAGCCUCACUAUCUGCAUUUGAGCCGACCCCCAACAACAACGACCCUGAAAAGGAUGCGCAAAAUGGAGCGCCCGACUUGAUCCAAAAUGGGGGCACGGUUUCAAAUGGACAUUCGUAUCCGCUGGAUGCUAACCAAAUAGUGAAUGCCAGUCUGGACAUUAAUGGGAUGGUAGUAGACUCCCAGGGUGAGCCAGACGCGGCACCUUGCGAAGCCUUCAAGCCUGAAUCCCUCCCCAAGGAACCCCAGGGGAUCAGCAACCGAGUUCCUUCCCCCUCCCAGAUCCCACCGCCUUCUCCACACGAGAAAUCCUCCCCGCGACGCUCCCCGUCACCACGCAAGGGAACACCGACAAAGAUACCCUCGCUGAAGCAAAGACCCAAGUCUGUGGGCUCGUAUGAGGAGACAGUCAAGCCGCGGUCACCAAAGGGCAAAACAUCUCCCCGACCCAACUCGUGUGUUAUCAAAUCUGACACAGCAAGAAUUGACAGCCAACAGGACAACUACACAACAAGUGGUGGCAACGUCAAGAUUUUGGAAAGCAAGGUAAACAUGUCUGGGGUCAAGCCACGCACUGUCACUCAUACUAGCCACAAACCAGGAGGUGGUAAUGUCAAAAUCUUUGAUCAGAAAGUGGACUACUCUCACGUCAAGGCAAGAAGUGAUGUUGGAAGUGGAAAGAGCAGCCCUAGAAGAUCAACAUCAUCGGAGCCGACAUCACCUCGUGUUAAGACAGCUCCAACCACACUUCCUAACACCAAGAGUGUUCAGUCUAAGAUUGGCUCCAAAGAUAACUUAAAACACACACCAGGAGGAGGCAAGGUGAAGAUACAGACAGAGAAGGUUGAUUUCAGCACAGUGCAGUCAAGGUGUGGCUCCAUGGACAAUUCCAAGCACAGACCCGGGGGUGGUAAUGUAAAGAUUUUUGAUCAGAAGUUAGACAUCAGCAUGUAUGUUAGGAGCCGUAUAGGUUCGUUAGACAAUUCAUACCAUACACCAGGGGGCGGGAACCUCAAGAUAUAUGAGGAGAGAUUAUCCUUCAAAAAGAAAGCUCUGAGUCGAAUUGGAUCCUUUAGCAAUGCGCACCAUCGGCCCACGUCCAGUAACUUCAAGAUUCUGGACCAGAAGGUGGACUUCACCUCCAAAGUCCAGAGCAAGGUGGGAUCCAUGGAGAAAGCUAGUCACACCCCUGCUGGGGGUCAAGUCAAGCUCGUCUCGGAGAGGCUGGAUUUUGACAAGAGAGCCAGGAGCAAAGUGGGUUCCCUUGACAACGUGCGUCAUAGCCCAGGGGGAGGAACUGUCAAGAUUGAGUCGAAAAAAUUAGACUUCAGUAAAACCACAUCCAAAAUUGGAUCCAAAGACAACAUCAAGCACCAACCACAAGGUGGAAACAAAAAGAUCGUCAACGAGAAACUGGAAUUCAAAGCAGAGUCUAAGAUUGGAUCUAAGGACAAUAUCAAGCACCAGGCCGGAGGCGGCAAUGUCAAGAUUACCACUGAGAAAGUGGACUUCAGCGCUAAGGCUUCAUCCAAGAUUGGCUCCAAGGAUAACAUGGACCACAAACCAGGGGGAGGACAUGUGAAGAUUGUGGAUGAGAAACUGGUGUUUAAGGAGACAGCUGCACCCAAAACAGACACUGGAGCCAAGGAGCCUAGAUCCCCAGGGGCAGGGUCACAAUCCAGGUCAUCACGAGGGUCAAGGGCGUCGGAGGGGUCACAAGAAGGAGUUAGCGUUGAGUGAAUCCUCACCAGCUCAGUACCAACUCGCGCUGGUGUCUCAUAGGCUUUAACUUGUAUUGAUUAUCUGUAUCCGUCAAAUUGGUGUUUUUAACGGAUCAAGCUGUAUUCUUGUCUAUUAAAGAGUCAAGUAAACAUUAGCUGUUUGAGUAAAAAUACAACAAUUGUGUACAUUCUCUAGGAAAUGAGUGUGAAUCAGUAAGUAAAUUGCAUGCUAAAGAAUCUGAAUGAACUCUCUUAAGAAUCAUAUAUGUGAUGCGAUCAAGCUAAAUGAGUCGUUUGUCGACCCUGGUCAUUU